CACAUCAUUUUGCUUCAUAUCUAUUAUUAAUAGUAAUCCCCACAUAUCCUUCUGUCCCCCCUCCCUAAAUCCUUCCCAUGGACGACAAACCCGAAUCCUCUCCGGCUGCCGGCAACACCCUCUCACCACCACCACAACCCGUCGUGCCACCGUCACCACCACCGGGCCUAACCCAAGAAGAAUUCAACAACUUAAACUCAACCAUCAAAGAGUUCCACACUUACAAGCUAGUAAAACCAACAACACAAUGUUCAUCUUUACUAGCACAACAUAUCGAUGCACCCGCAGAUGUCGUGUGGUCCAUAAUUCGCCAAUUCGACAAGCCACAAUUGUAUAAACAUUUUAUCAAAAGUUGUAAAGUGACAACAACAACACAAGGAGAAGGAUCAACAUCGUCACAAAUAAUGAGACAAGGUUGUACUCGUGAUGUUGUUGUUAUUUCUGGAUUGCCAGCUGAUACUAGUACGGAACGUUUAGAUGUCCUAGAUGACUUGAGACGUGUGAUGGUCUUCACUAAUAUAGGUGGUGAACAUAGGUUAAGGAAUUAUCGUGCUGUCACAACCGUACAUGAGGUUUCUCCAAUCAAGACUAUUGUUUUGGAAUCCUAUGUUGUUGAUGUCCCCGAUGGGAAUACCGAGGAAGAUACUAGGUUUUUUGCUGAUACCGUUGUCAGGUUAAAUUUACAAAAGCUAGCCUCGGUUACUGAAGCCAUUGCAUCUGCUGGCAACGACCCUAACAAGGUUGUUGUCGGCUAAAUUGAAAGGUGAUAUUUAUCUUUCAAAUUUACUUUGAAUUAUUUGAUGAAAAGAAAUGAGAUGAUGAAGAAGAAAAGUGUUAUUUUCUUUUUAUUUAAAUGUCGAACAUUUCUAUUCUAUUAUUUUUGGUGGAAUUACAAAAAUGCACCUUGGUUGUUUAGUUGAAGUGACAUUCCAUUAUUGUCAAAUGCUAUGGUAUGCUACAUUGGGUGGGAUUGUUAUAGUCAAAGUUUGUUGUGUAUGAUGCUGUAAUGUCUCCUUAUAUCCAAUUGUUUCACAUUACGAUUUACAAAGAAUGGGUCAAUUAUUUUA